AUGUCAAAUCAGCAGCAGCAACAAUCCCAGUCGCAGCAGCAGAAAUCUACUUCUCAAACAUCUUCUUCAUUAGGAGUUCCUGGUGUUGCGGGUACUGCUGGAUCGCCUGCUCCUCCUCAACAGCGGCCUGGCGCGUCUCAGCAGCCUGGUGUUUCGCGCACCGUCAUUGACCAUCUUAACAAGACAGGGUUCACACGCAUUGAUGCGACUGCACGUAUAGAAUCAUCACAUAUUGCAACGCCUGCAGUAACUCAGAACAACUUACGGCCAGAGCCUGGAACUGGUAACUACUACCCCAAUGGCCUUAACUCGUACUAUAAAUCCACCAUGAGUCCAGAAAAACGCGUCACCAGCGGACCUGUUUCAGGUCCCAAGUAUCUCCCCGAUGGGUCCAACGGUCCUCCUGCCACUACUACAACACCAACAACAACAACAACAGCUUCGACAGUACCUGCUUCUUCAUCCAUUGACUCUUCUGUAAAACCAACCUCAGCUGCAGCCGCUGCAGCAGCGGCCUCUGCACGAAAACUUGACAAAGCUCCUAGCGUUGCGACACAAGCACAACAGCAGCACAUUUACAAUACCCACGAUCGGCCAUACCUUGCACUGCGUGACUGGACUGAAAAGUCUUUAGAUCUUUACAAGCCUGAGCUGCGUCGUGUUCUCUACCCUGUCUUUGUGCAUAUAUACCUUGACCUUAUUUCCAAGGGCUGCGUUAAACAAGCUAAGGACUUUUUUGAAGAAAACGCGGCUGACCAUGCGACUCUUCAUUAUCAAGAUUUAGUUGUUUUGUCAAGAAUUUCACUUCCUGCCCAUAUUGAAGAAAAUGAGCUUACAAAGGCCUUCAGAAACAACAAGUAUGUCAUCAAAGUCUCUCGCACCACUUUUGACUUACUCGUGUACUUCUUGCACGAAAUUGAAGAUAUCGGUGGAUCUGCAAUUAUCAGAAUCAUCAACCAGUAUAUCGAGGCCAAAAUCACUACGGCCAGACCAAGCAGAUUCUCAACAGAGUAUGUUUUGGACCCUGAGGAAGGUCUUCCUGGAGUUUCAUAUACCCCCAACGCCAGCGGAACCAAACCAAGCGACUCCUCUUCUUCUUCAUCAACUGCCCAGGCUGGACCUCAGCAACUUAAACUUGGCCGGUUGCCUCUUGACCCGGAUUUUGAAAAAGAUGUGGAAAUGGAAAUUGCUGAUGAAAACAAGGCCGAUCCACAAGAAUGCGAUCUGCUCAUUAAAGAGUUUCAAAAAAUGCACACAAAAGAGUCAGACUCUCCAUUUCGAUCUGCGCUACCGCUACCUACAUAUCGGGCAGCUGAUAUUGCAGCUGAGAUCCAAGCUGUCAAAGAUUCACGUAAUCGUAUCACAAUUGGUACAACUCAAACAGCCUUACCUUCCGUGUGCAUGUACACUUUUCACAAUACACACGAUGACCUUAACAAUCUCACCUUUUCAGCUGAUGCGUCACUAGUUGCCACAGGAUUUGCAGACAGUUUUAUUAAAAUUUGGAGUCUCAAGGGGAAGCGUCUUAAAAGCGUAUUGCGCGACGACGAAUAUAACUACGUGGAUAUGAAUGGUGUUGCUUCCGAGAAUCCAGACACAUCUGUGCUUGCACGACGAUUGGUAGGCCACGCCGGCCCAGUUUAUGGUCUUAGUUUUUCACCAGAUAAUCGGUACCUACUCUCAUCUUCAGAAGACCGUUCCGUGCGUUUGUGGUCAACGGACACCUAUACAGGUCUUGUCGCGUAUAAAGGACAUACUGGCCCUGUAUGGGACGUAUCUUUUGGUCCCUUUGGUCAUUACUUUGCAACCGCUUCACACGACCAGACAGCACGCUUAUGGAGCGUAGAUCACAUUUAUCCUCUGCGUAUUUUUGCAGGACAUCUUAGUGACGUUGAUACAGUCUCAUUUCAUCCAAACAGUAUGUAUGUCGUUACAGGUUCUAGUGACAAAACGUGCCGUUUAUGGGAUAUCAAUCGUGGAAACUCAGUUCGUGUAUUCACUGGUCACACAGGUCCUAUCAAUGCAACUGCAGUGUCUCCUGAUGGCCGCUGGCUUGCGUCUGCUGGAGAAGACAAUGUUAUCAACGUAUGGGAUCUUGGAUCCGGUUUACGUCUAAAAACUAUGCGCGGUCAUGGACGUUCGUCAAUCUAUUCGCUUGCAUUUUCUCAAGAAGGCUCAGUUCUUGUUUCAUCCGGAGCAGACUGCACUGUUCGUGUAUGGGAUGUGCGCCGUGGCACGAACGAUCAAGGACCAGAACCAAUUGAAACCUAUGUUGAUCCUUCACUAGCGGCUGGUGGAGGAAGCGGUGGCGUUGCUGCGGCCGCAGCAGCAGCAGCUGCUGCUGCUACAGAUUCUAGCGAUGACAAAAACGACAAGACACGCAGUGGUGGAUCAAUUAGCGGGGUUUCUGGAAAACCCGGUGCAGCUGCAGAUUUUGAAGGUCGCAAACGCAAGGAAGUUCCUGUCACAGCGGACCAUUUGGCUGUCUUCAAUACUAAAAAGACACCAGUGUAUAAAGUACAAUUCACAAGUAGGAACCUGUGCAUUGCGGGUGGCGCCUUUAUGGGAUAA